GAAGGCUAAUGCAGACACUUGUGUGUCUAUGUAAUCAUUUCUCUAAUUAUUAUUAUUUAUGGAACUACAGCUACAUUAGCGGUCGGAAGUGGCACGCAUUCCCUCCCCCCCCAGAGGCGUCACUUCCGCCUCCUCAGUAACUAAAGAAAAUGGCGGCCGUCGUGGAGAGAGUUGAUGGAUGUGUUGGAUCGCUGGACCCGGACGAUGUGUCGCUCAGGCAGCCCAGCUUGCUCCAGGAGCAGCCGCACCAGAACAACCCGCUGCUGGGUCUGCCCAUCGUGGCCAUCGAGACCAUCCUGAACUUCCUGUCCUACGAUGAGAUCAGCAUGCUGCGCUCGGUGUGUAAGCGCAUGGACAUGAUCUGCCAGCGUGUGCUGAACCAGGGCUUCCUGAAGGUGGAGCGCUACCACAGCCUGUGCCAGAGACAGGUCAAGGCUCAGCUGCCCAGGCGCGAGUCGGAGAGGAGGAACCACUCGUUGGCCCGCCACGCAGACAUCCUGGCUGCUGUGGAGACGCGCCUCUCCCUGCUCAACAUGACCUUCAUGAAGUAUGUCGACUCCAACCUGUGCUGCUUCAUCCCUGGAAAAGUGAUAGACGAAAUCUACCGCGUGCUGCGCUACGUGAACUCCACCAGGGCCCCCCAGCGGGCUCACGAGGUCCUCCAGGAGCUGAGGGACAUCUCCUCCAUGGCCAUGGAGUACUUUGACGAGAAGAUCGUCCCAAUCCUGAAGAAGAAGCUACCUGGGACCGAUCUGUCUGGACGGCUCAUCGGUUCCGCACCAGUGGCCGGGCCCUCCACCUCCCUGACCACCAUGUCGCUGCUGGCCAAGAACACGCCGUCCCGCUCCGAGAUGACCAAGGUGCAGCAGCAGGUGAAGGUGAACGGGGCGUCCAUGACGGCGCUGCGGCGGGAGCUGCAGGAGGUGCGGGUGAAGCAGCUGGAGCAACAGAAGCAGCUGCAGGACCAGGAGCAGAAGUUGCUGGAGCAGAGCCAGGUGAUGGGCGAGCAGAACGCCCGGCUGGCCGAGCUGGAGCACAAGCUGCGCGAACUCAUGGACAGCAGUGCCGCCGCCGCCAUGGGGGAGGCCCAGUCCUCUGCUCCUGCUGCCACCGCCGGGUCCGCGGCUACACCGGCGAGCAGCGGCGUGGCAGCGGCGCAUGGUGGCACGGCGGGCGAGGGCACCUCGUCGCUGAAACGCAGCAGAAAAAGCUCAGACCUCCCACGACAAUCCAAACGGCUGCGCAGCAGGAAGUGACUCGCUGCCUCGUGUAAGUGUCAUAUCCAGUUUCCUGUUUCGACUGACCACACUCCGUAUCCAGUGCCCCACGUCCACCUCCCCCCCCUCACUCACCUUGCAUCACGUGCGCCAUCUCACUCAUGCCGCGAUGUGGACGCGCUCCCGCCGCGUUGGACUCUCCACCAGUGUUCUGAUAGUCAUUGACGUCCAUAGACUCAUGACUGGAGACAGGACAGGACAACAUUGACAUGGUCAACACUAGGACGUCUCCCAGAGAACAGGUCAGGUCCGCCGGUGGUCAGUAGGCUGCAAGACGACACCCAAACGCCACACGAAUACGCCUCCGUUUCACCCAGAGAACCAGAACCCUGUUCACCGGGAGAGCCCUGCUGGUGUGUGUGGACUUUUCAAGCCCUGUCCUCAUUAUUUGUUCAAUCAGGUCCACUUCCUCCUGUGGACAAUCCACAGUAUAGGUUCCAAUAGUCGACAGUGCUAGAAGCCCCGCCCCCUACUGGUGUGACCCAGUCAGCGCAGCCAGUAAGCAAACUCCUAACCGGCUCCACCAGGAUGUCCCUCAGCGUGUUGAAGACAUCGUCCACUCAGUCCAUGACCCUUCUGACGCUCAUUCCCCUCUAGAGGGUGCUACUGAAGGUAGAGGUAGCUUGUUUGAGGUUCCUGUUAAAGCAGAGAUCGCUCAGCUUUUUAUUUUAUUUUUUGUUUGUAUUAUUAUUAUUACUAUUAUUACAUUUUUUAAUGAAGUAACAUUUCAGCAUUAUUCCAGCUUCACACCAUGUGACCCUCGGCUGCAGCUUGAUGCGAGGCGUCCUCAGAAGCUCCUUCAUUGCCCAAACUCUCCGGUCUGUGCAGAUAAACCCCAUAAUUCAUAGUCCAGCUUCCUUCGCUCUAGGGGCAAGCUGGUAACCAUGCCAACGUUUUAGGUUUUCUAAAGCCACUAAAAGGUUCCUGCAGGUGAAUCUCCAGAGAGGGAACCACACUGAUCAGAGUCCUGUCCAGCUCAGUGGGGGCAUGAAGCGGCCUCUCCCCAACAUGUUGCUGGCUCAAAGUAGAAUUACCAACUGGAAAUAGUUCUGGGGGAAGCAGAGCGCCACCUAUCUUUCUUAAGGUAACAGUUUUUAAACGACAGCUGGCGAGCUGUUGAAGAUGAGAAAUCUAUAUUUUUAUUUAAAAUCCUACGUUAUCGACUGGAUUAUUAACAACUGCAAUAAUAAACGGAUCAUUUCGGCAGCAGCAGGAAUAAAGCGAUGCCGUCUGUGGUCGUAACGGCGCUGGGUAGAAUCAUGUUUUCGAUUUCUGUUAGAAAUGCAAUAUCAUCCGCCUGCUAUGAUCAUAUCUGGCAUGUCCAGCUCACCCACCUCAGUAGGUGUCCUGUGUGUAACGUGUCCGAAGUGUUCAGACCCAGUUUUAAAGCUAAUAAGUGAAACUGAAGGAUAUCAUGAAGGUUUGGUUCGGCGCCGGGGCUCACCCAGAGGAAGAAACCGACGUCGACAUCAUCAUGCAACAUGAGCACCGCCCAACACGACCGUCGUCUCUUUAAAGGUCAGGUCUCCGUUCUCCUUUAAAUUCCUGGGAGAGAAAAGGUUCGAGCUUUUUGGUUCCUCCCAUUAAGAAACCACACAGAUAUAGAGUCUAGUAGAAAGCAGCCCGCGGAAGACCCAGAGGAUCAUGUUUAUGCUCGUACUUUCCCUUCCAGUCCUAGUGAAAACAGAAGCUGUGAGUGGUUUGCAGUGAUGACGGAGGAGCUGCAGGUGCUCAUGGUGAGCGAGGUCUCUCUCUCUGCUGCUCUCCUGUACAAACUCUCCUGCCUGGAGCUCCUAGCUUACUUGUGAAGUCAUCGUGUGGCUACUUUUCUUUCUUUCUUUCGAAGCGUUUCUGUUGUUUGGACGAGCCGAACCACUCCUGGCAUGACUCUUUGGAAAUGCACUUGUGCGUAUAAUAGUAACACUGGGCUGCAGAACAUGCAAUGUAAUCUAGUGGCUUAUAAUGAGAGAACUUGUACUGUAAUCUUCAUGUACUUUAAGAUGUAGAUUGUCAAUGAUUUCAUGUUUGUAAACAAAGAAACUUAUCUUUUAAGUUGGCCAGUUUGGGCCUGACUAUGAAGUUUUGUUGCACAUAUUACUGUUAUGAUGUUUAAACCAAACCUAUUAAAUCUCUACAGCUGUUCAGCUCA